AUGUGUGGAACAAUAAUCGUUCAGUCUCCCGCUGUAAGUGAUGAAAUUGACACAAAACAUGAACUUGUUUUUACAGAUUUCUGUACUGUUGUGGUGUCAGAAGAUGGAAUGGAGGUAUACACAUUGUCUUUGCCAUGGAGUGAGCUGACAAGCAAAGUGUACACAAAAAUAAAUGCAAAGAUGAACAUAUCUCAAAAAUAUGUUCUGCUACACAAUGGGGUGGUUGUGACGUUUGAUAAACAUCUCAAUGACCUACCAGAAACCCAUCCCACCAUGCCACUCCAUCUAAACUUGCAAAGACUGGACACGAUACAGGACCAUCGACCUUCUGAAUUAGGGUCAAGGUCAAGUCAGAGGUCAGGGUCAAGGACAGUUAUAGAAGGAGCUGCCUACAAUGGGGAUGACCAUGUUGUCUAUGAUGACUCUGUACAAGCAUGUGACCAGUCAUCUAUGACAGGGGAAAGCGAUGCCAUGUUGGAUAGUUCUGAUUUUGCUGAAGGUCCCAGCAGUCAGAGACAGGUUCCUCCAACACUUGCCUUGACUGGGGCAUUGGCUGAUCCUGGAAAAGGACAAGCUGACUCAGAAAGGUUGAACCGAUCGUGGGGGACAUGUGCCUUUGAAGAUGCCACAAAGAAAGACAUUGAGAUUGAGAAAUCCACAGUUUCAGCUGUCAUCUCUGAUGAGCAAUUCAAACUGUAUGAAGACAAUGAACAUCCAGAAGAAGACGAGCUGCUGGAGGAAGUGAGUCCUGGAGACAUCGAUGAUGAAGCUGAUGACGAGGGUUCACAAAAUACAGAUGAAGAAAAUGCUGACGAUUCGGGACAGGAGAAUGAGCAUGAACUUUCAGAUGAAGCCGGAGAAGCUCUAUCUGAUUUCAGGUCCACAAAUAUGGAAAGACAAUUGUCACUUGAAGGAAAAGAGGAUGCUUUGUUUCAGGGGAUUGGAGAAGAAGGAGGAAGAGACAGAGAUAGUGAUGAGUCAGUGUGUGGUGACUCACGGACAUCCAGUGAAGAAAACUUUUCAGAAGAUGAAGGAGAUGCUGGCAAUGAAGAAAGUGGAGAUGUUGCAGGUCCUUCAUCUAGGAAUCAACCAAGGAUCAGUGUUGAUCCAGAAGGAUCAGCUUCUGAAUCAGAUGAUAAAGUAGCAAGGGAUGUUGAUUCUGAAGUGAAUGGAUCUGAAUCAGAUGAUAAAGUAACCAGGGAUGUUGAUUCUGAAGUGAAUGGAUCUGAAUCAGAUGAUAAAGUAUCCAGGGAUGUUGAUUCUGAAGUGAUGGAUCUCUGA